GCGUGAACCACGUGGGUCUCUGCUCCCUGAUCUGUUUCCUGUGCUUGGAAAGACUUCCAGCUUCAUCACGGAGUUUCUCUCGGUUUGUGGGCUCAUCUAAAGCCAUUUGGACUCAGCUCAGCCACUACAGAGGAAACAAUGACUUCAACACAAAAGGACCAACAUGGAGCGAGAAGUCAGCGCUCUCAGGAGGCCGACAAACCUCACAGAAGAAAGGGAGAGAAAACCUACAGCUGUGAUGAGUGUGGGAAGUCUUUUACCCGCACUGGACACUUAAAAAGACACCAACUCAUCCACAGUGGAGUUAAACCGUACAGCUGUGACUUGUGUGGAAAAUCUUUUACAGAGGCUGGAAGCUUAAAAACUCACCAACUCAUCCACAGUGGAGUUAAACCUUACAGCUGUGAGUUGUGUGGAAAGUCUUUUACUCUGGCUCGAAGCCUAAAAACACACCAACUCAUCCACAGUGGAGUUAAACCUUACAGCUGUGACUUGUGUGGGAAGGAUUUUGCUCAGGCUCGAAACUUAAAAACUCACCAACUCAUCCACAGUGGAGUUAAACCUUACAGCUGUGAGUUGUGUGGAAAGUCUUUUGCCCAGGCUCGAAACUUAAAAACUCACCAACUCAUCCACAGUGGAGUUAAACCUUACAGCUGUGAGUUGUGUGGAAAGUCUUUUACCCAGGCUGGACACUUAAAAACACACCAACUCAUCCACAGUGGAGUUAAAGCUUACAGCUGUGAGUUGUGUGGAAAGUCUUAUACUCUGGCUCGAUGCCUAAAAAGACACCAACUCUUCCACAGUGGAGUUAAACCUUACAGCUGUGAGUUGUGUGGAAAGUCUUUUACCCAGGCUGGAAACUUAAAAAAACACCAACUCAUCCACAGUGGAGUUAAAGCGUACACCUGUGACUUGUGUGGAAAGUCUUUUAACCGAGCUGAAAGCUUAAAAACACACCAACUCAUCCACAGUGGAGUUAAAGCGUACACCUGUGACUUGUGUGGAAAGUCUUUUACCCUGGCUCAAAGCCUAAAAAAACACCAAGUCAUCCACAGUGGAGUUAAAGCGUACAGUUGUGACUUGUGUGGAAAGUCUUUUGCCCUGGCUCAAAGCCUAAAAACACACCAAGUCAUCCACAGUGGAGUUAAAGCGUACAGUUGUGACUUGUGUGGAAAGUCUUUUGCCCUGGCUCAAAGCCUAAAAACACACCAAGUCAUCCACAGUGGAGUUAAAGCGUACAGUUGUGACUUGUGUGGAAAGUCUUUUACCCAUGCUCAAAGCCUAAAAACACACCAACGCAUCCACACUAGAGUUAAAGCUUACAACUGUGACCUGUGUGGAAAGUCUUUUACCCAGGCUGGAAACUUAAGAACUCACCAACUCAUCCACAGUGGAGUUAAAGCUUACAGAUGUAACCUGUGUGGAAAGUCUUUUACCCAGACUGGAAGCUUAAAAAAACACCAAGUCAUCCACAGUGGAGUUAAAGCUUACAGCUGUGACUUGUGUGGAAAGUCUUUUCAAUAUCCACAUCAGCUGAAAAAACACCAACAGAUCCACACCAGAAAGUAAACUCUACAAGUGCAGUUACUGUGAGAAGUGGAGCAAAGCACAUGGAUCCAGUUCUCAACCCUGUCGUCACUGUGGUGGUGGGAAAGAGUUUCUCUGUGACCUUUGUGGAAAAACUUCAAUCAUCAACGGGACCAAAAAACCACAUCAACAUAGCCACACUGGAGACAAAAUGAACUACUGCAAAGAAUGUGGGAGAGACUUCCACACACCAAGUACAUUAAAAAUACAUGAACUCUUCCACAGUGGGGUCAAAAAGCACAUCUGUGACCAGUGUGGGUCAUCCUUCACCACUGGACAUGAGCUCAAUGAAAAAGCAUAAGGGAAUCCACACAUGAGAGACACCAUACAAGUGCAGACACUGUGACAAAAGCUUCUCACAAUCAGGUCAUCGUAACAAACAUGAACGUAUACACAUGGAAGUGAACUUCAGCUGUGACCAGUGUGACAAGAGCUUCAGGAAUCUCAGUUCAUACUCCGAACAAAAACGAUCCCACACUGUAAAUAAACUGUUUCACUGUUACCAAUGUGCAAAAACAUUCACUUCAUUAUCUGCUCUGUGCAAACAUCAGCCUGAUCAUUCAGGACUGAAAUCACUGGAUCACAAUGAAUCUGAAGAGAGAGAAAGAUCCUCUUCUGGUUUCAGGGUCAGACUUAAAAACCUUGAGAUCAGGCUCCACAGAGUUCAGAUGGAAUCUCCUGUAAAGAGUGUCAGCUGAUGUCACACUUGGAUCUGAUGAGGUAGCUCUGAUUUCUGGACCUGCAGUGAAUAAUCCUGAAUGUUACAUUUAGGAAGCUGCAUGUAUAGAUAUGCAUAUCAAGUUUAUGUUUUUUCCUUUGAGGGAUUUUAAUUCUCUAAAAUGUUAUCCCUGUUACAUUUUAUUCUUUGUUU